CGCCACCACCACCACCCAAAAACUAUUCCCUAUCUGUUAAGGGAUCAUACAGUUUCAUACUAGGGUGCAAUGGGCGGUCUGAAAUCUGAGGCUUUAAUAAUCUUCACCUUGGGGAUCUUCUCCAUGGUCAGCCGUAAUUUAGGCAUACCUAAUGAAUACUACUCCAUCAUAGAUUACAGUCCUGAUGAAAUAGUCUCCCAAGAGGGACUUGCAUUGCUCUUCAAGAGAUGGAAGGCGAAGCAUGAGAAGGUCUACACGAGCUCAGAAGAGAAAGAGAAAAGAUUCAAGAUAUUUCAAAGCAACUUAGCCUAUGUGAUCGACUGGAACUCUAAGAGAAAGCCAUCUGAUCACACAAUGGGACUCAAUCAAUUUUCAGACAUGAGUUUCGAUGAAUUCAGUGAGAUUUAUCUUUCUAACAUGGAGCCUGCAGAGAGCAUAUCGGAGGUAACUGCAAUAAACAGAGUGAAGCUGACAUGCUCACAUCCUUCAUCAGUUGAUUGGAGGGAGAAUGGUGUCGUAACCCCCGUUAAGAAUCAAGGAAAAUGUGGGAGUUGUUGGGCAUUUUCUACAACGGGAGCCAUAGAAGGAAUAAAUGGCAUAGUCACUAGACAACUUGUAAGCCUCUCAGAACAACAACUCGUAGAUUGUGUUAAAACCAACCAUGGUUGCAAUGGUGGUUCCAAGAGUAGGGCGUUACAAUGGGUUAUAGAUAAUGGAGGUAUAACAACCGAAUCUCAAUAUCCUUACAUUGGGAAGAAUGGAACUUGCAAAACCAACGUUCCCAAUAAGGUAACAAUUGACGGCUACAAAAAAGUUGCUAGAGAUGAGGAAUCACUCCUUUGUGCAGUCACUCAGCAACCAGUCAGUGCAUCCAUUUUGGUUUUAAAGGAUUUUCAUCUGUACAAGAAUGGCAUCUACAGAGGAGCAAGUUGUCCGUCAAACCCAAAUAAUUUGAAAACGAAUCACGCAGUUCUAAUCGUUGGCUAUGGAACUUCUGAAGAUGGCACAGAUUACUGGAUUGUGAAGAAUUCAUGGGGAGCUAACUGGGGGGAUUCUGGAUAUAUAAACAUAGAGAGAAACCAUGAGUUGAAGAAUGGAGUAUGUAACAUCAAUGUUUGGCCAUACUACCCCACCAAGAAUCCUACCCAAUCCCACCUACCAUAGAUGUGAAGGGCUCUGUAGCCUUAGUGUAACAAGUGCUUCUUUUGAAAGCAACAUGAAAGACACCUUCGUAUGAUAGAUAAAGGAGUUAGGGAGGAUGGAUAUGCCACUUUAGUUCAAGAAAAUAAAAGGGAGGCGUUUGUGAAAUUAGACGUUUGGCUCUCUUCGCAUCUAUGUCUGUACUAAAUAAAUAAAUAGGUGGUAUUGUGGUAAUAUAUUCUCUAUUACUUGGCUCUGUUUUUAAUAAAAUGUAAUGUUGUAAUUUGGUACUGUUGACAUAAUAACGCAAAUACAAGGACCUAUUAGUCAUUUUGACUUCAUGUAAAAGUUGUUUCUUUUGACAACUUUCUUAUAU